AAGAGAAAGCAUUUCAGCUGCUGUUGCUUCUCUGAGGAAAGUUCUGCUAUCAGCUACUCCACUAACUCUGUCCAGUAACAUGACCAGCAAGAAAGUAAUUGCAGUGUUUGGAGCGACAGGAGCUCAGGGUGGCUCUGUGGCCAGGGCCAUUUUGGAAAGCAAAAAGUUCGCUGUGAGAGCACUGACCAGAGAUGUGACUCGACCAAAUGCGCUGGUGCUCCGGGACCUUGGUGCUGAGGUGGUAAAAGGGGACCUGAAUGAUGAGGCAUCGGUGGAGGCUGCCUUGAAAGGUGCUUAUGGGGCCUUCGUGGUGACCAGCUUCUGGGACCAUCAUAGCAAAGAGAAAGAAGUGUGUCAGGGAAAGCUGGUGGCGGAUGUCGCCAAGCGCCUGGGUCUGAAGCACGUGGUGUACAGUGGCCUGGAGAAUGUCAAGCGUCUCACCGGCGGGAAGUUGGAGGUGGAGCACUUUGAUGGGAAGGGAGAGGUGGAGGAGUACUUCUGGUCCAUUGGUGUUCCCAUGACCAGCGUCCGCCUGGCAGCUUACUUUGAAAACUUUCUCACCAUGUGGAAGCCCGUGAAAGCCUCUGAUGGAGAUUACUACACCUUGGCACUGCCUAUGGGGGACAUACCAAUGGAUGGCAUCUCUGUUGCUGAUAUUGGAGCAGUCGUCUCUAGCAUUUUUAAUUCUCCAGCAGAGUUUUUAGGCAAGGCGGUGGGUCUCAGUGCAGAAGCGCUAACAAUACAGCAAUAUGCGGAUGUUUUGUCCAAAAGUUUGGGGAAAGAAGUCCGAGAUGCAAAGAUUACCCCGGAAGCUUACGAGAAGCUGGGAUUUCCUGGAGCAGAGGAAUUGGCCAACAUGUUUCGUUUCUAUCACAUGAAGCCAGACCGUGAUAUCAAGCUCACCUACCGACUAAACCCCAAAGUCAAAACCUUCAGCCAGUUUAUCUCAGAGAACCAGGGAGCCUUGAAGGGCAUUUAAGCUGUUCACAUAGGUCCCUGACCACACAACUUCCUUCCUCCCUGAUCCCAAUUGUCUUUACAGUACAACACCUACAUUUACAGGUGUGUUAGAAUGCAAUUGUUUGCAACACCAAAGGCUUCAUUGACGCUGUCUCCUAAGUAAGAAACAUGGAAGUGGUGAUUUAACACAGAAAUUUGACUCACAUAUAAGUUUGCAGUUAGUAAUAAGGGUGGUACACCUGUUUGGUUAACUAAGAAGCCCUAAACCUAUCGAUUUUUGUAGUCCUUUCUCCCCAACAGCCAGGUCACUUUCCAAGGCUCUGGCCCGAGGAAGCUGCAGCUUCUUGCUCAACACCAAUGGGGGUGGCACUCAGCUUUCUCCUGCCUCAGUGAUCCUGAGCCCUGGCUCUGAAAUUCCCCUAAGCAGCUCCAUUUUUUUUUUCAAAUGCAUUGUCACAUUUUCAGUGGAACUUAUAAGCAAAUUUAAUUCCUUAAAAAUCUUUGUAGAGGACUUUCUGGGGAACAUGGUGUUAAAUGAAUAAGCGCAAGUGUUAGAAACUCUAAAAUUAAAUUUUCCUUCAAGGUUGGAAGUUCAUUCUCUGAUUCAUUCAUUAAAUCACCUAUUGAAUGAGCACUCAA